UCUCUCUCUCUCUCUCUCUCUUAUCCCCACACCUAUAUUAUUUCUAGAACUCAACUCUUCUCUCUAUGUACAAGUCCCCUUUCUAUAUACACAAACACACUGACAGGUAGAUAACAUGUACAAUAGGUCAUUAAAUUUGUCCCUGUCCCAAUGCCCAGGUCAGGUCGCGAUGUUCUGGACCGACUAAAGUGUUCGAAUGUGUCCUGAAACAGAAUCGACACCUCCACGUCUGGCCUCUCGUUCUUCUGUCUUUUGUUGAUGUUUUUUAUUUAUUUUCUACCCGAGAGAAGUUCCUAUUGCAGCAAAACACACUCUCGGGAAGCUUCUUAUAACAUGUCUCCCUCCUGCGCUCAACCUAAACAACCAUAUAAGUAUUUACCGCCACUGAGGAUGAAAGCACUCUUGGAAAUCUUCACUAUGACAUGCAUCUCCCUCCUGCGCUCAACCUAAACAACCAUACAGUGAUUUACCACCACUGAGGAUGAACACACUCUUGGGAAUCUUCUUAUAACAUGCGUCUCCCUCCUGCGCUCAACCUAAACAACCAUACAGUGAUUUACCGCCACUGAGGAUGAACACACUCUCGGGAAUCUUCUUAUAACAUGUCUCCCUCCUGCGCUCAACCUAAACAACCAUACAGUUAUUUACCGCCACUGAGGAUGAACACACUCUUGGGAAUCUUCUUAUAACAUGCGUCUCCCUCCUGCGCUCAACCCAACAACCACUGAAUUAUUUACCACCACUGAGGAUGAACACACUCUCGGGAAUCUUCUUAUAACAUGUCUCCCUCCUGCGCUCAACUCAACAACCAUAUAAUCAUUUACCAACAAGCGUCUCCCUCCCUCGCUAAACCCCAAUAACCGUACAAGUAUUUACCACCACCGAGGAUGAAUGAGCCCUCGGAAAUCACAAACCUGGAGGCGCCACAGAGCAAGGCAUAGGGUUUGCCGGUAAGGAGUUUAUUUCAAGUGUUGUCUGUCGUGUUGAAGCGUUGCAGUGCCCGGAUUUAUCAUUGCCGUAUGUUCCCAUUAUGCAGGAAUAUGUAAGGUCAGGGGGGAGGAGGUACAAAUUUCACAGGGGGAGGAAAGGGAUGUGGAGAGGAGUGUUAUAGUAGGAUAUCAAUGUAUUAUUAUUAUUAUUUAAUAUCACCACGAAUUAGGCAUACAAUUGUCAAUGGAAAAAACCCACGACAGAUAGAUCACGCCACCUUAUAGGAAUGUCGUCCGUCAGUGUUUACCGUCUCAGUUUUGUAUACUUCGCAUUUCGAUGGUGCGCAGAGGUCACCUUGACGUACGUGACCAAUUGUAACAAUUAUUUUCCAACCUGUAACUCGUCACUCCUUCACGAGAGUCCGACUGACACACAACGACAGUCGCUCUCGCUCCGACGCUCCUGUACAUAGGCUACGAAUAUAUCCGCCUUAAGGAAGCUGAAGUCUUAAUCAACGCCCUUUAAACGCCCCCCGACAAGCCCGUCACAGGAGGGGGGGGUGCUCGCAAAUAAGAUAGUAUGAGCCACUGACCUAUCUUUCGGCUACCUCUUUUGAUUUUUUUUAGGAGCAUCGAGUAGCAGGCUUUUUUUUAUUAUUGUUUCCUUUUUUUGUGCUCUUGAGCUGUCUCCUUUGUUGUAAAAAAAAAAGGAGCGAGUGAGGCGAUGAGGUGGUGUUCCGUUUUAGGUGGCACCUGGCGGAUGGAUUCUUGCGGAGUCGUGUGGUGAAGCAAGCUGAGGAAACUGCCCUUGAGCUGCUGACUUCACUGUUAACCCGUCCGCUGCGAUUGGAACGGAUUUGGCCUUCACUGGUAGCCUGGUAACAUAUACUCCCAGGUCUUUCUCUGCCUCUGUGGUGGAUAGUGGAGUGUUUCCCAUGUGGUAUUGGUGUGCUGGAUAUCCCUUCACUGGUAGCCUGGUAACAUACACUCCCAGGUCUUUCUCUGCCUCUGUGGUGGAUAGUGGAGUGUUUCCCAUGUGGUAUUGGUGUGCUGGAUAUCCCUUCACUGGUAGCCUGGUAACAUACACUCCCAGGUCUUUCUCUGCCUCUGUGGUGGAUAGUGGAGUGUUUCCCAUGUGGUAUUGGUGUGCUGGAUAUCCCUUCACUGGUAGCCUGGUAACAUACACUCCCAGGUCUUUCUCUGCCUCUGUGGUUGAUAGUGGAGUGUUUCCCAUGUGGUAUUGGUGUGCUGGAUAUCCCUUCACUGGUAGCCUGGUAACAUACACUCCCAGGUCUUUCUCUGCCUCUGUGGUGGAUAGUGGAGUGUUUCCCAUGUGGUAUUGGUGUGCUGGAUAUCUCUUCACUGGUAGCCUGGUAACAUACACUCCCAGGUCUUUCUCUGCCUCUCUGGUGGAUAGUGGAGUGUUUCCCAUGUGGUAUUGGUGUGCUGGAUAUCCCUUCACUGGUAGCCUGGUAACAUACACUCCCAGGUCUUUCUCUGCCUCUGUGGUGGAUAGUGGAGUGUUUCCCAUGUGGUAUUGGUGUGCUGGAUAUCCCUUCACUGGUAGCCUGGUAACAUACACUCCCAGGUCUUUCUCUGCCUCUGUGGUGGAUGGUGGAGUGUUUCCCAUGUGGUAUUGGUGUGCUGGAUAUCCCUUCACUGGUAGCCUGGUAACAUACACUCCCAGGUCUUUCUCUGCCUCUGUGGUGGAUAGUGGAGUGUUUCCCAUGUGGUAUUGGUGUGCUGGAUAUCCCUUCACUGGUAGCCUGGUAACACACACUCCCAGGUCUUUCUCUGCCUCUGUGGUGGAUAGUGGAGUGUUUCCCAUGUGGUAUUGGUGUGCUGGAUAUCCCUUCACUGGUAGGCUGGUAACAUACACUCCCAGGUCUUUCUCUGCCUCUGUGGUGGAUAGUGGAGUGUUUCCCAUGUGGUAUUGGUGUGCUGGAUAUCCCUUCACUGGUAGCCUGGUAACAUACACUCCCAAGUCUUUCUCUGUCUCUGUGGUGGAUAGUGGAGUGUUUCCCAUGUGGUAUUGGUGUGCUGGAUAUCCCCUUCGACAUUUUUCAUCAUUGAAUUGUAACAGCCACUUUUUGUUCCAUUCCUGUAGCUUGGUGAGGUCUUCUGGUAGGAAAUCCACAGUCAAGGGGUUAACUUGCUCCACAACACACAGCAAGAAUUCAGCCGCCGCCAUGUGCCGCCAUAAACAGAACACUGCCUUCACUGGUUUGGUCGCCCUGUCUGCACUAAACGCCUCCCUCGAUACAUUUAACUAAUGGGCAACGCAACUUCAUUUUCAUGUUAUAAGUUUCACAUAAAAUUUUGUCUUAUCUAAGCCUGUGAGUUGCAAUAUGUGACCUGUUUGUAGUGCGGCGACUAUGCCAGAUGAAUGAGCCUCCCAUAACCCGCUUAGCCAGUGGGGUACCUCUUUCGCCGAGUCGGUAGGGAGUGGCUCUCUUGUCACGCUGGUUGUGGGUUCAAUCCCAUCCUAGGAAGCCAGCAAAUACCCUCUCCUGGUCUUGAUUAAUUUCUCGUGUGUUGUUUUCAUACACGCAGAGGACAUGUGGGACCGAGAGAGUAAUAGAAAAAGAGAAUAGAGAAUCUCUUCAAUAAAUGUUCACCCCAGAGCCUUAGAACAGGAGUGUGUGGCCACCUUCAUCGCAGGCGCCAUGUUGUUACCAAAGGAGCUGCACGAAAUUUAAAUUGAUGGUGAUAUGGUGUUUUUUUGUGGUCUGGGUACUUCUUCAAGGC